AUGCCGUGGCAAUUUAUUGAUAGUUCGAAUAAUAGCCGAAGCAAUCUUACCCAAGUCAAGCGCCAUGUGAUGCACGAGUACAUGCGCCAAAAGCGCCUGGAUGACGGUACCCAAGAGACAGAGGAGAAACCCAAAUCGCGUAACACACGCCCGCGGGCAAAAAAGCCCAAGGCUGGCCAGAAGACGAAGAAAAAGCGCACCGACUCCAUAGUAUGCGCUCAAGAUUCCGGGCCUUGCUCGGACAUUUCCAUUUCGGGACAAAGGCCAGAUUCGCAAUUAUUGUCUCGGGGCAUGGAUCAUACUCCCGCCAUUCGGUGCCAGCUGGUGUCUGUCUUCCUCGACGCCUACUUGCCUUCUGUCUCGAAUCCACACCAAAGAAUCGGGGGAGACUUUACGGGCGCGCUCCCGUGCAGGUUGGGUGAUUCACCGAUGCUGGACUAUUCAAUCACAGCGCUAUGCGCCGUCUAUGUGGGGUCCUCCAGGCAGGAUAAGAUGCUUUACCGGGAAGGUGUUGAGAGCUAUGCCAGAGCGGUUCAAUGUCUUCGCGGGUGCAUAGAGCGUUCUACUACGACACAAGAUAUGCUCUACGUGACUGCUGCCUUGCAAACAUACGAGGUUGUCCAACCUUCACAACACGGUAUGGGCGGUUGGAGUGCACAUGUCCAAGGUUGUAGAGCGCUGUUACGACACGGCCGUGACGGCUCCGACUCAGCCUUGGACGACGAUGAACUGUAUCGCCAUAUGCAGAUGGUAAUUAUUGCCGAGGCUGUAGUUCAUCGGAAAUCUGCCUACGUCCCCAACCCUGGCUGGCGACCGAAAACGCGCACUCUAUUUGACCAGGGUCUCGAUUUCCUGGUCAGCUGUACCUCACUAAUGGAAGAGAUUCGCCAUUUGGAAGAGGAUAGCCGCCGGGACAAACAUCAUGCAGGACAUCGUCUCCUGCAAGAAUGUGUCCGCGUUGAGGGUGAAUUGAAUAUUCAAUACUCUGCAGUGCGCUACUGUAUGGACUUUCCUGAUCUAUGGAAUACAGACGAGUUUGAAGAACACGAAAGUGACGAGUCGGAGGAUCUUUUCUUCGACGAUGCCUUUUGCUUCGAGUCGUUUCCGGUCGCGCAAGUCUAUUCGCUGCACUGGGCCACGCAGCUUCUGAUAUAUAUGGCCAUCGAGAGACUCUGCUGUCUUCUCGACGAGCCCGUGGUUCCUGGACAGCCCUCGGCAUUCUUAUUCAAGCGGUCAUACAAGGAUAUCAUCGAUCUGGCGAGUUCCUCUGCUGCAAUGAUCUGCCAGUCCGUCAAGUACUGUUUCAGCCCAGGGAUGAACGCCUUUGGUGUCCAGGUCUUGUUCGUGCGCCUGUGGCUCGCGAAUCAAUUCUACCACGCGCAUCCUGGAUUCGAGAAGGAGUAUGCCUGGUGCCAGGGGAUUAUUCGUAAAAUCACAGAUACGGGGUUCCAGGGCGCGCCGGACUUUAUGAAUAUACACUGGCCUCCUCUUAGACACUAUGAAACGACACUUGACUGAAUAUAA